CCCCUCCUUCAUCCGCAUGUCCACGGGUGCAACGGGCCCGCUCCAACCGUUCCACAGCGCCAAUCUCCUGCGCAAACCGACGCCUCCACUGUCAAGGCUCUGACCGGCUCUGGCCAGGUCAAUGCUGUACGACGUCCCCUUGAGUCGACGGGCAUCCAAGGUACGGUGAAGCAGUUCUGGACUCCGGAUCCUUCGACGGGACGGCUCGCUCUGUCAGCCUGCGUUUGCCGCCCAUAACGGCCUCCUCUUAAGCCUGGCAUGGACAUUCAGCGGUGGCUAGACCAAACUGUGCUCCCAGAGCGGCCGGCCAGCCCUCCCGUGAAAAAGCGCAGACGGAGGCAUAGCACGUCGGAUAGCUCGCUUCUCGAAGUCCCUCCGCCGCGCAAGAAGACGCCCCCAAUCACACGCGAGGCCGAUAUCGACCAAAGCGCCGACGACAGCGCAUACAGUGAUGCAUCCCACCCCACCAGUCGAUCGGGAAGCAGCACGUCCAGCCUAUACGCACGCAAGCCUCGACGCAAGACACGUCCCGAGCGCUACGAGCCCACGCUGAAGGAUGUUAAGGGGCGGGGGAGGCAUAUCCACCGGCAUCGGAAGGGCGAAUCAAAGAAGACGCAGCGCAAACCAAGGCGCAGAAAAGUGGACAAACCUGGCAGCGGUAUCGUCCAGAGCUUUUACGCCAAGAAUGUCCCCAGGGAUCGACUGACUUUGAGGCCGCGAGAGAAGCUGGGUAUAUUCAGCAAGGGUAGGGCGUCGUCGCCAGUAAAGGGCCGUGGCCUGCCCGACCUGGUCUUUUCAGAGAUGAAGUUUCUGCAGAAGAAUAAAAACCAACCGGAAACCGAGCCCAAGUCCGGGUUGUCGAAGAAGAAACGCAAGAAGGAUCAGGCGCACGCAAAAGAAGGGGAGAUUUCUGCAUACUUUACCUCUGUACGACCAGCGCUAGCAGAGAAAGAUGUGAAUAUCCAAGCGAAGGAGGGCUCACGCCGGAAGGGCUUGCGAGGAGCGGAUCGCCGGGAGCCGGAACGGUCUUCAGUGGUCGAUAACGCCAUCCCAACUGUCGAGUUGCCGGAUAAAGCAUCGUACUUGGGCUUCGGAUCGAGAGGGCCGCGCCAUGAGAGCCAAAGUUACAUUUCGUGGUCUGAGUCCAUCCGGGCGCCCAGUGGGACGCCCGCAGGACAGCGAGCGGGAUCUACUGUCAACGUCGGUCAGCUGGACUUAGCACAUGGCGGAAGAGAGCGGGGGAACACUGAAGGUGGACAGGCGUUGCACCCACGGCCGGCCCGUCCCACUGUGACCGGUCCCAUAACCGAGGGCAGUGGUGGUCGAUUUCAAGUUUCCUCGUUGGCUCCAGCAAAUGAUAGGGUCUCCCGGUCACACUCGCUUCCUCAGCACACCUCCUCACCACGGCGCGUGAACCUCGUCGAUCGAGCCGCAAAGCGUCGUCCGACACUCGAGAGCGCCGCCUCCCCUUCGUCGAUGCCACCAUUCAUACCAAUUCGUGCGGAUGUAAGGCGUGAACAGCGUGGGCCUGCUCAGACGGCAAGUGCUUCAGGGUUAAGGCAUAGUUCUCUUUCUAGUGGAGACCCGACUCUUGCUCAUAAGGGGGACUGUCCACAUAGUGAGGCUAGGUGUGCUUUGGCGGACGAUGAUCCCCAGACUUCGUCCAGUCUGGGCAGGAUUUUGAAGGACUGCAACACGGCCUUCGACGAAAGGCGGCGGGCGGCAGUGUCGUAUGGAACGAAUGCCGUGCGAGCAGAGGUGUCUGAGAUUCCUAUCCAAGAGAGAACGAGGACUGACCGCAGACCCUAUCCUACAAUUCGGAGAAUGCCAACGGUGCGCUUCUCCGGGGUUGAGAUAUGCAACCCGCGUUUGUCGAACUUCUCUGGCCGGAGCAUCUAUGAACAGCAGGAACAGAGGCAAUACGUCACUCAGCAGCCUAGUAAUGAUGAUUAUAACAUUCUACAAGAGCCAUAUCCAACGGACGGUGAAGCCCUUGAAGGAGAGGAAGAGGACUUUGACGGUGAUGAAUGGGAGGCUUUACCGGAGGCAGCAUCAUACGGAGAACUGGAACCAUCAGUCGGAGAGUUGAUGGAGCAGUACGGCAUUAACGAUGGCCAGGAGAGCAUUGAGCAGCGGAACAGCGUCGUCGCGAAUAGCGGAUUCUGGCGUCCUCAUAAGCUGUACUGA